CAGCACGUCGGCUUCUGAUUUAUGAGCUCUAGAAUUCAUUCUUCCAUACGAGUAACCGUUCAAUGUAAACGUUUAAUUAAGUGUGUGGCAUUCAUUGUCCCGCUAGAGUCUGCGUAACCACGGAACAUCUACCUCUCUCUCUCUCCCCAAGGAUUCGUUGAGCGGGUGCCAGUGAUGCGCAACAGAAUUUAGUAACUCGCCUCCAUAAGUGCGUGUCAGGUGGAGGCUGAUGCACGUGUGUCUUUAUUGCCAGGGAGACAGGAGAGGUAGAGGUGGAUCCAACCAGCACCUCCUAUCAUGCAGACAGGACAGCGUGUAGCGAACAGCGACAGGACUUGAUCUCUCCCUUCUAUCUGACAACUCUACUCUGCCUGGCGCCUCCAUCACUUUGAGGAGGUGAAGUAGUGAGAGUGUGUUUGACUGACUGGCUGACUGACUGACUGGCUGGCUGGCUGACUAACGGUGUGAGAAAUGAAUGGCUACGGAUCGCCCUACCUGUACAUGGGGGGCCCAGUGACCCAGGCCCGAGCGCCGCUCCAGAGGACCCCCAAGUGCGCUCGGUGCCGGAACCACGGCGUCCUGUCCUGGCUGAAGGGCCACAAGCGAUACUGCCGCUUCAAGGACUGCACCUGUGAAAAAUGCAUCCUGAUCAUCGAGAGGCAGCGGGUCAUGGCGGCGCAGGUGGCGCUUCGCAGACAGCAGGCCAACGAGAGUCUGGAGAGCCUCAUCCCGGAGUCUCUGAGAGCUCUGCCCGGCAUCACGGUGCCUGGACCCGGCGAGGGGAACCAGGGCCUGCCGCCCCGUUCUGGAGGAAUGGACCUCCUAUGGACCUCGAAACAGACUGCCAACAUGCAGGACCUGAGUGAGGAUACGUCGGGGGACCACUCCGGCGGGGAGAACGGUGGUGGUAGCGGCAGUGAGAAGGACCAGGACCCUAGCAGCUCCCCCGAGGGCUCCAAGCCUUCUUGCUUCACCCCUGAGCCCCCGGACACCCCAAACCAGGCUGAGGAGUGCCGCUACAGCUUCCCCCAGCCCAUUCCCAGCCUCCCUCUCCCUCUAGCCUUUCCCAAGACCUGCAGCACCUCUCCAGAGCCCAAGGCAGACAGCCCCACUAAGGGCUACCCCGGGGUUGGGGCAGGGGGGCUGCCAGGGGACCACAGCCUAGUGAUUGAGGGCCUGUCUGGGUCUGUCUCCCUUCCCUUCAACCUGCGAGCCAACCGGCCACCCCUGGAGGUGCUGAAGAAGAUCUUCCCUUCCCACAAGCCCCCGGUGCUGGAAUUGAUCCUGCAGGGGUGUGGAGGGGACCUGGUGGGGGCCAUCGAGGUGCUGCUGUCCAGCCAGGCCCAGGAGGCCAGGGGGGUUCACCCCCACCCCGACACCCUAGUCCUUCCCUCUAACGGCCACCUCCUCGAUCACCCCCUGGGGUCCUACCACCCUCUGGCCUCCGCCGCUAAGUGGUCUGUGGGCUCUGCUUUCAGGGUGCCUGAGUCCCUGCGCUUCUCGUCUGACUCGUCGUCCGGCCCCCUGGCCCUACACCCCGGGUCUUUCCCCCAUCCCCCCCGCUACCCCUUGAUGCUGAGGAACUCUCUGACACGCGGUGGCCAGGUCGGACCCUUCUGCAACGACGUGACGCUGUGGAACACCAUGACACUGCAGCAGCAGUACCAACUCAGGUCAGCUCAGUACGUCUCUCCUUUCUCCUCCACUGGUGUCUUCCAACGCUCUCCGCUCCUCUCCUCUUCCUCCUCCUCCUCUCCGCUCCUCUCCUCCUCCCGCCCCCAGGAAGAGCACCGUCACUCCCAGCUGGAGGAGGGCUGCCACCCUGCCCCCAUCCCCUCCACCCCCGGGGCCAAACAGACCCUCUACACCCAUGAGGAGGAGUACGAGGACCGCUCCGACUCCUCCGACUCACGAAUUCUCAACUCUUCCACCUGAACCUCCUGAACCACCCGAACCUAUGGGUUAUAUCUCUAUACCUGAACCAAUGAAACAAUUAACCUGUGGGUUAGAUCUCUAUACCUAAACCAAUGAAACGAUGAACCUAUGGGUUAUAUCUCUAUACCUAAACCAAUGAAACAAUUAACCUAUGGGUUAUAGCUCUAUACCUGAACCAAUGAAACAAUGAAUCAUGCCGCACUGGCUACUUAAGCACCAAAAAAUGUAUUGUGAACGAAUCUUUAAUGUGAAUAAUGCAAGAGUGGGUAUCAAGACAGGUUGUUGUCUUGAACUGAACUUUGUUGCGCAGCCAUCGGCCCCCUACAGGUAAUGUAGCUGAAUGUUAGGUCGUAACAUUAUCUCUCUACAGCUAAUGUAGCUGAAUGUUAGGUCGUAACAUUAUCUCUCUACAGCUAAUGCAGCUGAAUGCUAGAUCGUAACAUUAUCACAUGGAUAUGACCAAAAAUAAUGGGAUCACAUAGAUCACGUGUUUGUGAACAUUAAUCUCUUUCCAGACAGUAUGCAUGUAAUGUUCUGUGAAUAAUAUGUCCUUGAUGUUAAGAUGCAUGUCAAGAUUAUUAAUAAACAUAGACGAUAAUAG